GCUCAACUCUUGAUUCUAGAGAGAGGAGAGAGGAGAGAGGAUGUCUCGGAGUGAUGGGUUAUCUCGAAUUAUUUAUUAUUUAUUAUUUAUUAUUUAUUUGCUUUGAGAGUAUUUGACUGAAGGGAAGGCUGCCUGGGUCUGGGUCUGGGUCUGGCAAAGCCGUCUUCUUAUUAUAAAUACCCGCGCAGAGGAAGAGAGAGAAAGUUGUUUUCUUUAUUUGGUAAAAUGUUGCUAAUGAAAUCUAUCCGAGCCCUAGAUCCAUGGCUUUAAUGGACUUGAUGAGCUUUAUCAUGGCUUCGAUGAGCUUGACCAUCACCGAAGCCUAGCCAUAGAUCAGUAUCUAGGGUUUCAUUUCGUCUCAUUUGUUGUUUACUGCUUCUACGAAUUUCCAGUGUUUUGGCGUUAGAAAUGUCUGAGGCAAGAUAUUGAAUUUCUGAUCCAGUUGCCAUUCUUGGCAUACUUUCUUCCAAUUUAUUGGUUCUGAAUUAGAGGAUUUGGUUUUGGGACUGGAGUGGUUGAAUCUUGUGAUUUGGUUGGAUUCUUUUUAAUGCUGGAUUUUGAUGGAUGUCGAAGAGGAGGACUUCGCAGAGAGCCGAGCUCGCGGCUGUGGUGAUCUGUGUUAGUGAAGGAGGCUUGCUUUGAAGUUGCUUUUCUGCACAAUGGGCUGCAUUUGUUUUAAAGCGUCUGCUAUAGAAGAUAGUAGAGAGAGUCCAAGAGAGAGGUUAUCGAGUAAAGCGUCGUCGGAUUUACGGGUGCCACGGGCGACCUCGUCCAGGAGAGAGGAAGUGUUUCGAGGGAAAGAUAGAGUAGAUAGUAGGGAUGGAAGGGUUACGUUGAUUGAAAAACAAGGAAAUGGUUCGAUUCGGUUGCAUGGGGAGAAUUUUGAGAAGAAGAGGGAGAAGGCUGAAUAUGUUGUUGUUCAACAGCCGGCUGUGGGCAGCAUUCCGAAGGCAAUGGAAGGGGAGCAGAUUGCAGCGGGUUGGCCUCCUUGGCUUGCUGCGGUCGCUGGAGAAGCUAUCAGGGGAUGGGUACCACGGCGGGCAGAGUCAUUUGAGAAACUUGAUAAGAUUGGCCAAGGAACUUAUAGUAAUGUUUACAGGGCUCGGGAUCUUGAUCAGGGAAAAAUUGUUGCAUUGAAGAAAGUACGAUUUGAUAACCUGGAGCCUGAAAGUGUUCGAUUUAUGGCUAGGGAAAUCCACAUUCUGCGUAGGCUUGAUCAUCCAAAUAUAAUAAAAUUGGAAGGAUUGGUAACUUCGCGGAUGUCUUGCAGCUUGUAUCUUGUUUUUGAGUAUAUGGAGCAUGAUCUUGCAGGUCUUGCUUCAUUUCCUGGUCUGAAGUUCACGGAACCACAGAUCAAGUGCUACAUGCAGCAACUUCUACGUGGACUUGAUCAUUGCCAUAGUCGUAGCAUUUUGCAUCGUGACAUAAAGGGUUCAAAUCUCCUAAUUGACAAUAAUGGCAUACUGAAGAUUGCAGACUUUGGCUUGGCAAGUUUUUUUGAUCCUCAUCAAAAUCAUCCAUUGACAAGCCGUGUUGUCACUCUUUGGUAUCGACCACCAGAGCUUUUACUGGGAGCAACCCACUAUGGAGUUGCUGUGGAUCUGUGGAGUACUGGAUGCAUACUUGCAGAAUUAUAUGCUGGCAAGCCUAUCAUGCCUGGAAGGACAGAGGUGGAGCAGUUGCAUAAGAUUUUCAAGCUCUGUGGUUCACCAUCUGAGGAUUAUUGGAGAAAAGCAAAAUUACCACAUGCAACCAUUUUCAAACCACAACAACCUUAUGAAAGAUGUGUUGCAGGAACAUUUAAAGACUUCCCUCCUGCGGCUUUAGGGCUUAUGGAGACAUUGCUUUCUAUAGAUCCUGCAGAUCGUGGAACUGCAGCUUCUGCUCUCAAGAGUGAGUUCUUCAUAACGAAGCCACUUGCUUGUGAUCCUUCAAGCUUGCCUAAGUAUCCUCCCAGCAAGGAGUUUGAUGCAAAAGUACGGGAUGAAGAAGCUAGAAGGCAAGGAGCAGCAUGGGGUAAGGGCCAAAGGUCCGACCUAGAAAGGAAAGUCCCAAGAGAAUCUAGAGCGGUUCCAGCACCUGAUGCUAAUGCAGAGUUGAUAUUGUCAAUGCAGAAAAGACAAGGUCAGUCCAAUUCCAAGAGUCGGAGUGAGAUGUUCAACCAUCAUCAGGAAGAAGUUGCUUCUGGCUUUCCAAUUGACCCACCUAGACAAUCACAAGCCACAGAAGAAGUGAGAAAAGAUGCUCAAGGACAUUUCCAUAAGAGAGCUUCACAUUCAGGGCCAUUGGUUCAUCGUUCUGCUUGGGCAAAGGUUGGGAGACUGGAUGAUGCUCCAAAGGUUUCAAAUGGGUCCGACUUAUCAGCAUUGUCUAGUUUAGUAGCAGCAAGGAACUUGUUGUCUGAUGAUCGUCGGGAAAAAUCUGGUCCUUCACAGUCAGAGAUGACAAGUCUACUGAGCAGGCUUCCUGGUUCAUUCAAUGAGGCCUCUGAAUCUAACAGAAAGCAGGAUCGAAAACAUCAUGCCCAGGUUCUUGUAGGCUCUCAUCAGAAAGAAGAUGAGAGGACCAGCAACAAGGAAAAAAUUCUGGGUUAUGGAUCUAAGGGUCACAAGAUUCACUACUCUGGCCCACUAUUGCUUCCAUCAGACAAUGUGGACCAGAUGCUGAAAGAUCAUGAUCGCCAGCUUCAAGAAGUAGUUCGGCGAAAAAAGCUAGACAAGGCAAAACUUAGGAAACUUCAGGCUGCAGGUAACCCAAUAUUUGGCAAUCCGAUGUCUACCUCUGGCUAUUAUGCCGUAUAAGACAGGUCUAGUGCGGUAGUGCACCAACCAGAAGAUUUUUCCUUUGAAGGAGAGCGAGAACACAGAAAAAAAUGUCGAGUGGUGGCCAACUCCCUUUGUGGAGUUAUAUAAGCAGGCGUUGGGGGGGGUUAUGUAUAGGAGAUGAUGAUGAUGAUGAUAGAAUUUUGGCCUCUUGGCCCAAUUCAUAGUUUGUCUCAAAUGUAUCACUUCUACUCAUUCUUACAACCCUGUUUUAAAACAUGAUGAUGUUUUUACAUGUUACCAUACACGACAGAAUUCUUGCAAAAAUAGUGCUGUAAUAUUAUGCUCCUACUCCACUCAAGGGUUUCCUGUUGUCUAAA